UCGUCUUUUAAAUGCACAUAAAAAAUUAAUACAAUCAAACAAAUUCUUGUUCUUUUACACAAAAAACAGCAAGCACAAUGGCUAGCUUGACCACUGAGGAAUUAGACCGCAUCAUAAAAGACCUCACAUCUUUAAAUAUGGGAAAUUGCUCAUUCGAUGAAGAGCUUAUCAAGGGACUCAUUCAGCAAACCCGUAAUGUGAUAAUGAGGCAACCGAUGCUCCUGGAACUAAAGGCUCCGGUGAAAAUUUGCGGCGACAUCCACGGCCAGUUUACGGAUCUCUUGCGAAUUUUCCGGGCAUGUGGUUUUCCGCCAAAGGCAAACUAUUUGUUUCUCGGCGAUUACGUGGACCGGGGUAAACAAUCGCUUGAGACUAUCUGCUUGCUGUUCGCCUAUAAAGUAAAAAGUCCGGAGAAUUUCUUUCUGCUCCGCGGAAAUCACGAGUGUGCCAGCAUAAAUCGCAUUUACGGAUUUUUUGAUGAGCUUAAACGUAGGCAUACGGUGAGAUUGUGGCAAAGUUUUACGGACUGCUUCGAUUGGCUGCCAGUGGCGGCGAUUGUGGGUGAAAGAAUCUUCUGCUGCCACGGUGGAUUGAGUCCCUCGCUCCGGAAAUUGGAGGACAUCAAGCUGCUCCGAAGGCCAACAGCUGUUCCGGACGAGGGCCUGUGCGAUCUCCUCUGGGCGGAUCUCAGUACUACCGCCGACGGCUGGGGCCGAAAUGAACGCGGAGUAUCGUUCACCUUCGAUGAGGACAUUGUGCGGGAUUUCCUUAAGGCCCACGACUUGGACCUGGUGGCUCGCGCCCAUGAAGUUGUGGAGGACGGGUACGAGUUCUUUGCCAACCGCCGUCUGGUCACUAUAUUCUCAGCCCCCAACUACUGCGGUCAGAUGAACAAUGCCGGCGGCGUGAUGAGCGUCAGCGAGGACCUAACCUGCUCCUUUGUCAUCAUUAAGCCCAGCCACAAUUACAAAGAGAGCGAAUAA